AUGGCAUCAGUAGCUGAUGUUGAGGCAGAGCUCUUCUAUCCUAGCUUUGUUGUCCAAGCUAAAGGCUUUUCUGCACUGCUUAACAUAUUGUUGAAAGAGAAAGAUUUAAAAGAAAAGUCUUUGUUUUUGAAAGCAGCAAAAACUGUUCUAUGGAAACUGCUUCGUAAUGGAUGUCGAAUGUCAUCUAGUUGGGUGGCUGAGGUCAUCCCAGUUUUGAUUUCCCAAGGGAUCAUUUCUGAGACCGAAAUCAUUAACGAGUGCCUGUAUGCAUUUAGCAAUAAUACCGAAAAUGUGCAACCAGUAUGUUUCGGUAGUAUAAUCCGCCUGAUAUUAGGUGAUGAGAUCUUUGAGACGGAGAAACAGCUGCUUUUACAGUAUGUAGUGAAGUGUGGGAAGCCAUCGCAGUUAGAAGCAGCUUUACGGACUCUUUCUUCAGAAAGUUUUGUCACAGUUGAUAUCAUACCGGAGUCUCCCUGGAGGAAUCACUGGUUGCUCACAUACAGCGAGGAUGAAAAUUUGCUUGCGACCUUGAAUCUUGGUUAUUCUAGCUGUGUUUUCACGCUUUGCGAGCGAUUAAUAUCAGGCUCUUACAAAUGUUGCAUUGAGUUAGUGAAUAAUCCGACGUUUCCUGUACAUCCAGUUUUUAUCUAUAGUCUUCUUACUCUUUACGCAUCAUUUUCUGAAUGGCAAAAAAACCAUUCUUUUGCUUCUGCUCUAUCUCUGAAACCUGAAGGCGGUGCUGAAGGCUCGUUGCUGCGAAUACUAAGCAGGCUUAGUAGCCUGAUUGCGAAAUCGCAGUCCUGCCACUCAGGUUAUUCUUUUUGUGGUUCUGGAGAAGAUCAAGGGAACCUUGGUUACUUCGAAUGGAUUUCGAAUUCCGAACAGCGAAGGCGUACUUUCAUAAAGAUGUGGUCUGCAACUUGUGGGAAGUGUUUAAGUAGUCUUCAUGUUAGUUUUGCUAUGGGGUUUGUUCCUUUUUUGAAAGAUGAUGAACUAGAUGACUUCUUAAACUUAUUAGCGAUGUUUGUUAAUUUGGAUGUACAUCUGGCUGACAGUAUCUUGUUAUCUUCGCUGCAGUUUAUGAAGAAAAGUGAUAUAACUAGAAAAAAGUUUUUGAACUGGCUGCAUCAUCUUGCUGUCAGUAAGUCUACUCAUGGAUCAGUGCUCAAGUUAUUAUUAACUAUUGCCAGUGGGGAAGAACUUUCAGACCGACUGGUAGCUCUUGAGUCUCUCAGGAAGUUGUGGAAUUUGUCUAGGUGGUCCUUAUUCGAUGACUUCUCUGAUAUUAUUAAAUUAGACUUAAGCAAAGAUUCGCCACAAAUAUGUACAGCGAAGUUUGCACUCAUACGUAGCAUUUGUCUGACAAGCGAUCGCGCGGAAGACCUGCUUCCGAUGCUGUCGAGCAUGCUGAGGAGUGAUUGUCCUCAUUUCGCUAAUGCUGUUAAGGCUGUUUCAGAGUUGUGUCGGGCACGGAUUCUGGACUUAAUGCCAGUGCUGCAGCUUAUCUCACCAUUAAUUUUGCGUUCGUGCGGAGCAGAUGUUCUCCGGGCGUAUAUUGAGCUUUUGAGCGUUUCAUCUUUAGUCGUCGAAGAAGAAUCAGAUUGCCGACCAGAUUGUAUAAGACAGCUGUGGUCUUGGACAAAUAAAGCAGAGCUUGCAGAGGUUCAGUCGGCUGCAUGGCGUGCGCUCGCUUGUUUUCCUGCUGACUUGUUAGAAGCUCAUUCUUGCCUGGAUAAUAUGCAGGAGGGUACUUCCUUUCAGGCAGAACUCAUUUCAGUGCUAAGCGUGAUAGAGGAUGAGCAAUGUUUUGGUCUAGACUUUGGUUGCUUUCUUGGAAAAGUGGUCUCAGACGAGGUUGAGGGUUUGGGUCGUAGCUUAUAUAUUACCAAACCAAGUCCUUCCAAACCAGACGGUGGUGUUUUUGAACUGGUUGUAAAGAACUUUUCCUGGGAAAAAGUGAAAACUAUGUGCGAUAUUGCUGCUCUGACGUUUUUCAAAGUUUUCUGUUCCUCAAUGAGUUCAGCUGGACGAGAUGUUUCCGAAAUCUCGCAAAGAUUACACUAUUUGCUUGUAAAAACAACAAUUCCUCUAGAUGAUAUGUGGUUAGCUAUCAAGUACAUUUUGUCCUGGAAAAUAACCGUAGAAGGCACGUAUAGGAUGCUUCUCAAAGAAUCACAAAAGAAAAAUUUCGAACGCUCUACUUGCGCUUCACCGUGGGAUCGAAUUGUGGAUAUCAUGAGACAUGCACUGUCAGUUAGCAGUUCUGCGUUAAAUAAUGUUGUCAUUGCCUUGAGCUUUUUGAUGACGUGCUCAGAAGUAGUGGUAGAUGCCGCUAUGAAAGUUUCCGCUGGGGAAUUUCUAUUGUCUUGUAUUAAUCCGAAUUAUCGCAGCAGCUGUGCACUUCUCUUUCGAACCAGUCUGGAUCAUAGUGAUAGCUUGAGAGCUCUGUCGUGCUACGCAACUUCACGACUGUUUUAUUCACUUGAUUCAGUUGCAAAUAGGGAUUUUGGGUACGUAUGUGACUUGGUAAAUAGCGCAAAUAAUGAUCACAAUAGUCAUGGAAGCUGGCUAAUUGAUAUUGUCAGUAGCAGUUGCUGUAGAAAAACGAGUGUCAGCGAUCCAGUAAAGUUGUCUCGCCUCUUAAAAAACAUCAAACUAACGAAAUCCGAAGAGUAUGUGUCCUGUCGGUGGGAAAGGUAUGAGGUGCAGUUGGUUGGAGCUUUAAUAGAAGCAAAUUCUGAAGUUGUGGAAUGUGUAUCUGAUCAAGUUUGUGGAAAAGAAUUGUUGGAAGAAGAUGUUACGGGUCUGCUUCAGAAGGAUGAAAUGACUGCUCAGGAAAUACAGGAGUUACUACGACGGUUGCGAACGUGUAGGUUAGAGUUUUCCAACCGUUUAAUGGCUAAAUUAACCAAGAAGCUUGGAAAGUGGAUGAAUGGUGACAAAGAGAUUCAGUUAAUGGUGCUUCAAGAAGCCACAACUUUCCAAAUUAUAAAUGAAUUUAAUGUAUUCGUCUCUCAUCCGAAAAACUAUAACUAUCUGCCGGAAAAGUGUCUUUUACGCGCUAUGGUUAGAAAACUCCAGGAGGGUCGCAAAACGUCAAAUACAUUAGGCUCUCUUGCUAUAUUGAAUGGUUUGUGUGAAUGCAAGCCAAGAUCCGAUAAAAGAGAGUUACCACCGCUUGAAUGGGCAUUUUUAUUCACUAUAUUCACAGCGUCUUCUAAAACUAUCCAGGCUUUGAUCAUUCGUCUCGCUGUUCGCCAAAAGGAUAUUAAAUUGCUGUGCAAAAUAAUUGCGUCGGAUGUAUUUGCGGAAAACUUCACGUUUUUUUUGGAACCGAUCUUAGCUCACUUUGAACUCUUACAAGCACUUCUGCCUUGGCCUUUCGUAAAUGUCGUUGUGGACAAGUUGUACGAAACCGCUGCUCUAGGUGAAAACGAGGAUAACAUAUGGAGCGGUAUUGCUAAAAUUGGGUCACAAAACCCGCAUGUGAUAAAGUUGUGGUUUUCCAAGAUACCGGAGAUUACCCAGAUAAAUGUACUUGAACAUCCUUUAUAUGUUCAUUUCAAAGACGUAAGGAUCCCGAAGGCUUAUUCGGAAAAGAAUUCUUUUCUUGAUAUUUGGGUCAAAACGAAAUCUGAUUUGUAUGAGGAUAGUGUGCGAUCGCUUGUUAGUUCAGUUAGGAACAUUGACAGCAAAAUGACGUCGUACAUCACUCAGAAGAGGUGUGACUGCGCUUUGAAGUGUAAUUAA